AUGUCGUGGAGAUAUGCGCUGAAAGCUUACGUUACCAAUCCUGAAACAGUAGAUGAUGGUGCGAUGAUUUACUUUGAUGACAAAGUGUCCAUCAUCAAGGACUCAUUUGCUAAAUCGGAGUGCCAUUUAUUAGUAUUACCACGAUCUACACAGUUAAGUAGGGGUCACCCCACCAAUAUAAUCGACUCUAAGUUCAAAAACGAGUUUGAGCCAUACAUAGAUUCUGCAAUCAACUACAUUUUCAAACACUUCCAAGAAAAGUUCCGAAUUAAGAAAGGUGAUGACAAUGAGCCAAAUUGGGAAGAUGAUAUAUUACGUGAAAAAGACAAAUUUAUAAGCAAAUUUAUACAGAUAGGGAUACACUCCGUGCCCUCGAUGGCCAAUUUACACAUACAUGUAAUAUCCAGGGAUUUCAAUUCGUUAAGGUUGAAGAACAAAAAGCAUUACAAUUCAUUUAAUACUGGAUUUUUCAUUAGUUGGGAUGAUUUACCACUGAAUGGGAAAAAAGUAGGAAAUGAUAAAGACAUCGAAACCAAAUAUUUAAAGAACCAUGAUCUGGUUUGUUGCUACUGUCAAGAAAACUUCAGUAACAAAUUCAGUUUGUUGAAGAAGCAUUUAGAGCUGGAAUUCAAUAAGCAUUUUGAGCUCAGAUGA